UGUGCGUUUCUCUCCUAUUAUAAUUCCUCAACACAUAUUCUUCUCUCGAUACUAUUACAUAUUAUACAAUGGUCAAAUAUGCAGUGAUCUGUGCUAGUAAUCAAAACCGAUCCAUGGAGGCUCAUAAUGUGCUGAGCAAGAAAGGCUUUGAUGUCUCUUCAUAUGGUACGGGUAGCAUGGUACGUCUUCCCGGUCCAGCCAUUGACAAGCCUAAUAUCUAUUCGUUUGGUACACCGUACGAUCGAGUUUAUCAAGAACUGAAGCAAAAAGACUCUCAACUUUAUACGCAAAAUGGAUUAUUAACCAUGUUAGACCGUAACCGGAAAGUAAAGGAAGCACCACAGCGAUGGCAAGAGUCUCAUGAAAUGUAUGACGUUAUCAUCACUUGUGAAGAACGUUGCUUUGAUGCAGUGGUGGAAGAUUUGUCAAAUCGUGGUCAAGGAUAUAACACAAGUACGCAUGUUUUGAAUGUGGAUAUUAGAGAUAAUCACGAAGAUGCAUUAUUAGGAGGAAGAGCGAUUUUGCAGCUCGCUCAAAUGAUCGAAGCAUCCACAGAUAUAGACGCAGAAAUCGGUGGGAUCAUAGAUGCCUUUGCUACAAAGAAUUUGAAUUACCCAUUGCUUCAUACCGUUGCCUAUUUCUAAAUAAGAAAGCGCUUCGUGACGUUUCUUUCCCUCCCUCCUCUUUACUUUUCCGCCAUUCUUACCCAGCAUCAUUCCAUUUGUAUUUAUCAAACAUCACAUCGUAUGUUAUAUGUUCUUUCUGGCAAUUUAUAACGGAUUUACAUGUGAUAUUCAGAUGGUGCAUCCCAUUUAUUUAUUUUUAUUUUUGUAAAAGAGGCGGACCUCCAAAAUAGUUUAUUUACGAGGACUUGUUCAUUGGAAGGGAAGUCCCCGCAGCUGCAGGUAGCUCAAGGGAGGGAGAUGGUAUGAGGAUUAGGUAUGGUAGUGAUUAGCGAUUCAAAGGUGUGUGGGG